AUCGAACAAAUGAGGAACAAGUGAGGCAUUGACUCAUCCCUGUGAAGAACAGAAGCACUAUCAUACAUUUUAAGAGCAGACAAAAGUCAGUUUGGCUUUUUUGGCUUUUAUCACUGACCCAAUUAUCCAUUCAGAGGUAAAGUCAGAGCUUCUCCUGUGCUAAAAUCCCUAAACUAAUGAAGUGUAUUGAUUUAAGAAGAUAAUAUCCAUGCCCAGGUUUGUGAGGUCCGAGAUUAGAAUAGUGAACAGUUAUUCAGUUCAGUUUUGUAGCUCUACUGUUUGACUGUCCAUCCAUCACUGACCGGUUCUGGUCAAGGAUUCUUGCUUCGUGGUCUAACUUUCAUCAUUUAAAUUCAUUUCUCUGACCUUUUUUCUCAAAGUUGUGUUACAAGUCUAGGAACAGGUUUGCCAAUUAUAUCCUUAUACAGAUAGCUCUAUGGACCAGAGAAAAUUAUAAAUCAUGGAUCAUUUGUUUUUAUAUAUAUGAACUAAUAAACUUUUUUAUUUCUCUGAUUAGUAUGGCUGCAGUUUGGGCACCCAGCCUCCAACGUUUUAUCAGUUUUAUGGGUCAUACUGAUUGAGAAACUACAACAUUUAACAAUAAUAAAAAAAGUAUAUCAGAGCACAGAUAUAUUUAGCUUAAACAUAAGAAUAAAUAUAAUUAAGACAUUUACAUAUAAAUAAGACAUUUACAUAUUUUACCUGCUUCCUGUUUCUAUUCCUGAAUAUUAGAUAUAUUAUUAUUGAAAUAUUGUUUUGUUGAAAAUUCAAGUUAAAUAAUUUACAUUUAUCCGCUAGAAAGUCAGUGAAAUUAAAAAAGCCAAUUUGUGAGGCAAAGGAGAGAGAGAGAGAGACAGAGAAGGGGGUUGUGACAGAGGAAAUGAUGGUGUCAUGAUCUCUUGAGUACCUGUAUCAUAACGGAUUUUGUGGACAGACCAGCGUAGUUUGGGUGCAAGAGUGGAGCUAUACGCACACCGAAGAAGGCAUAUUAAAGAUGUCAAUCUCACACAGUCGUUCUACCGCUCAUAUCUUCUCAUCCAAUAAUCAUUCUUGCUCCUCACUGGUCAACAAUACCUUGGCCUUGGCUCCCGACUCCACCACUUCAUCUUCCAGUAACCUGCCCAGUCACAUUCCCCAGAUGGAAGGAGGACCAUAUGGCUAUUCGAUGGGGUCUCAGGGACUGUCCAGGACAAGCGAGAGGAGCGGAGAGCCGAUGAUGGGCAUGGCGUAUUUGCCCUAUUCUACUUGUUCAAACACAACAAUGGAAAGACCAGCACAGCACAGUCACGUUAUACAACAGGAGUUUUCUCAGUUCCUUCUUCCUCCUCCUCCGUCCACAUUUCGGCAGUCAGGCCAGAAGAGAGGCCUGAGUAAGGACAGCAUGGAAUACCGGAUGAGGCGCGAGCGCAACAACAUUGCUGUGAGGAAGAGCCGUGAUAAAGCACGCCGGCGUAUCCAGCUCACCCAGCAAAAGGCCCUGGAGCUUCAGGAGGAAAAUCACAGGCUACUACUGCACAUCGAACAGCUUAGCCAUGAGGUGGACACACUCAGUCGCUAUCUCUCUCAGCGCCACCUACAGAACAAAGUCAAUGAUGUAGGAGUUGAAGAGAACUGUUGAGUGACCUUAGAAACUCGCUUACCUUAGUUAUCAGGUUAGUGGACCUGACUGCAUAAUUACAUAAAUGAAGAUAUGUAAAGACUGUAAGAUUAUACUGUUAUAUUAUAAACUCGUUCAGUUUAUAGAUCAGUAAGAUAGUCUAGAAAAACAUUCAGAUCAAAAUGAACCAAAAAUUAUUCUGAAAAGUAGUCCGGAUAGCUAAAUUACAGAUAGUAUAACAUUAUUAAAGAGCUUCCUUUAUGUAUUCAAAUUACCCAGUAAAAGAGAAGCAGGAAAUUGGCACACUUUUGGAAAUUUCAGUAGUCUCUAAUUUAUAAAACUAAGUAACGUCCAGAAAACAUUAUAAACAUGGGCAUUUAGGGGGAUUUUGUCACGAGAUCAAUGCUGUUGCCAUAUAGGGUUUUUUCACCUAUAAUGGUGCAAAUGUAUUUUUUGUAUUUUUCCAAGAAUCCAGGGAGUAACUGCAGCAUACUUCAGUAAUUAUUGUAGUAUUAUUGUGGUAGAAGUGAAUUAAACAAAGUUUCAAGAGAAACAGGAUGUUUCAUACAAAGGUCCUUCAUCAGCUAUGCAAGCAAUGUGUUUCUAACUCUAUCUUUAUUAAUAAGCACAGAAUUUCACAUCCCUUUUGACAAAUUAUUUGAAUGUUCCUCAUAACCAUAUAUAUGUAUCGUAGCUUCGGCGGGAAACUUCGGUGCACACUGAAUCUCAUUGUAUGUGUAUAAUGAUAAUAAAAGUAAUUUAUCAUUAAAGUGUAUAAUAAGAGCUGAGGAAAAAUAUCUGAAACAGCACAAAACUCAAAACAAAUAUCAGAAGACCAGAAAAAGUCCUUAGAGGCAAUUUAAAUAAAUCCACUUUUAUAUCACAUUAACUUUCACUUCUAUUUGAUUUGAUUUGUUUUAUUAUCUUAACAUGAGCUUUCUUGACAAUUUUUGUUCCUUAUGAUAUGAUGAAACAGCUGUAAAGCUCUCAUUAAGUUGCUUUAAAUAAGUAAGUCUAUGCAAUUGUUUGCACUGAACUUAUAUUUCAUAUAAAUAAUGUAUGUUUUAAGGUAAUUUCCUGGACAUGUAUGUUAUGUUAGUGAUAAAAAGAAUUGUCCUGAUAUACAUGACAGAAAACCUUAAACAAAGAAGGACAAAUAGAAAAUAAUGGAGAACUUUUUUUUUUCUUUGCAACUUCAGAUAUUUUUUCUAGAUUUUACAUUUUUGCUUUGUUCAAAAGUAAAAUAAAUAAAGGUCACUUUUAAACUA